AUGGGCCUCCACGAGUCCGAGCCCGCUGCGAUGGACGACGCAGCGAGCUUGCCACCGCCAGCAGUGCUUUGGCCUGCGAGGCCGAAGCGGGCGCCGCGUCGCACCAGUUGCGGGCUCGACGCGGCGUCCAACUGUUCUGGCGUUGAUUCGGUUGCUGCCGCUAGCACUUCACGUGACUUCACCUCCUUGUUCGAGGACAGUCAGCAAUCAUUGUCGGAUGUGGCGUCUGCCAUCCCAAGCGGUCGAUCGAAACGGAGGCGCUUGCGGAUGUCCGACGAAUGCGGUUGCGACGGUGGGGCCGACACUCAGUCAGACAUGAUGGCGCUAGGCGCGGAUGGCGAUGGCGGGUCUCCCGACAAAUCUGGCACCGACAGUGAUGACCAGCCGUGCCCUGGGUGCAACAGGACUCGGGAUGGGAAGUGCUUUUUCAACGCUGGUGCGAAGACGCCUUGGGCCUUCCCCAACGGGCGCGGCCCGUGGUGCAAGGACUGUUACGGGUGCUACAGGCUGUUCUUCUCUGAGACUAAGACCCUCGUCGUUUUCAGGGCGCACCUGCAGACUGAAGAUGGCAGAGCAGAAUGGAGCGUGUACUUCGUUGCCUACAUCAGCCUCCGCUACGAGAUCCGUGACGGCCGCAUUUCCAGGACAGCAGGUGACGCCAGGGUGGGGGUCAUCAAGUUCCUCUUCAACAUCUUGCGCAUGCCCGCCCAGCCGUUCGUCAUCCAGACGUUGGCCAAAUGCAUUGCAGACGGCGACAACAUCGAGAACUUGGUCACGAUCAGGGGCGACGACGGGAAGUGCAGCCUCGGCGUGUUCAAGACGGCCAUCGAGGCCGUCUCCGACGUUGGUUGUUUCCACAUCGACCUCGGCAGUUUCGACACGACCGCGAAGCUCAUCAGGCCCAUGUUCAGCCAUUCCGAGGCGGAUGUCGACAUGUACAGGGCCGCGUUCGACGGGAGCGCCAAGGCGGACUCAGUGAUUAUCCGCGCUGGCGCCGCAGGCAGGGUUCUCGAGCAGGACCCGAGGGUCGCCAAGCUGGAUGCGCAGCUCGCCGCGAUCAUCAAGACGUUCGAGGUGUUCUCACAGGUGAGCGCGUGGUACAACGCAGGAGGAGGUGUAUCCAGGAGGGAUGCGAGGAGCGAAUGCGGAUGGCAAGUGGCGGAGGUGGGCUGGUCGUCGGAGGAUGACGGGAGGCAGGCGGCAGGAGGCACCACGGCGAUGGAGGAGGUCAACUGGUCCGAUGUCGCGAAGGAGUCGAUGAUCACGCCCUUGCUGGGCAAGCUGGGUCAGCUGAGGAUCGUUUUCGUUUCGGAGUCCAGGGGCGACCUCGUCGAUGCCAUCGACAGGUGGACACAUGCUCUGACAGGCGCCAAGACGGCCUUGAAGCAGCAUCGGACUUUCAAGAAGUCUAAGACCUACGCCAACACGGUUGCCAUGUCAGAAGAGUUGCCUGAGCUCGCAAAGAAGUUGCGUGAUGACAUGAACAUACAGCCGCACCCGUCCUUCAUCUUGAUCGCCAGUAAGGCAUUCUACCUAAAGCUGAGCCAGCAGUCAAAGAGCUUCCUUGAUACCCUCACUGCGCUGAACGCUGAUCCAGUGUUUGCUGCCGUCGCAGACGCCACCGACCCGAACACGCUGGACAUGUGGAUGAACGACUUGUUUAGCAUGUACUUUGUCAACAUUGGCUUGGAUGAGGACGGUGCAGCCACUGAGGACGACAUCACUCAGAAGCUGAAGGGCAUCUCUGCGGACCUGUCGGGCGCGCACGAGAUGUUGAAUGCGUUCGAUGACAAGUUCAAGUCGCACAAGUUCGUGAGCGAGCUCACGAUGAUAGGUUCUCUCUUCCAGCUGUGUGUGGCGACGCGCUUGGUCUCUCCCGAGUUGGCAGCACCAGGCCCGUCGAUCGUGCGAUGGGCCAGGGACGGCGUGCAGUCUUCCGAGCGCUUGCGGGGCAUCAGCAAGAAUAUGAAGAAUUCAGUGAUCGGCCAGGAGGUCUCGUCUGCAGUGUCAGUCAGCAUGCAGCGCAAUGCCCAGGACGACGUGGCCGACGACAAGCUCAGGGACGCGAUGUCGUUGAUGGCGUCGACUGCAUUCCCGACGACAUCAACGGACGACACCAACCGCAUCACCAUCAGGAACACCGAGGUGGUGGCAACAUUGUCGAUGGUCGAAGUGGUUGAGAGGGGAUUGAAGCUGGUUGCGGAGUGCCUUGCCAUGUGGUCGCCCAUCCGUGCAGUGGAGCAGGCGCCGAAGGUCUUGGAGUGCAUGACGUUGGUGAGGGACGCCUUGGAUAUGUUCGACUUCGUGGCUGCGCUUCUUCUUCAGGACCAUUUCUCGCCGCUGGUGGACACGCUUGAUUCGGCAGUGGAGGGCGGCGCUCUCGACCAGUCUUCGUUCGAGGACGUCUUGGGCAGCAAGCAGAAGCUGGUCGCAAAGGUGGUCCACAAGGUGUUGCCCACGUUCGAGCGGGGCUGUCUGGGCAACAUCAUGCCGUCCCUCGAGACGAUCACCAAGGCCUUCCCUGAUGAUGCCAUGGACGAUAGCCGAUCCAUCGCCAUCUUGCUCCAGGCGUCCCUCGCACACAACGCGCGCGUCCGCGAAGCUGCCAUGGCCUACUUCAACGCUGUGAACAACUUGGCCCGCCUGGGAGGCAGCAAGAGCAGCGCUUGCGGCACUGGUGGGAAACGAGAUGCCCCUGUUGACCCUGUCUUCUGGCAGGCAGUGAUCAACGUGGUGACCAGCGCCAAGAAGAUGGCGUCGUUCUCCAAGUUCAAGUUCGCGCACGAGAUGGUGAUUGACGAGACCAUGUAUCAGUGCGAAGGCAGGGGCGGCAUGUGUUCAUGGGGCCCCUGGGCGCUGCGUCUGGCUUGGUGCGACCUGUGGCUGUGGCUUGCAGGCUCCCUCAAAGGGCUGGGGUCCGACAGCGACAACUGGACCAGCGGACUUGCAGCCACCUCGUUUCCUGAUGUUGCUCGGUCUGCUGGUUUCCCCGUGAAGGUAGAGAAGGUGAUCAGGGGCAUGUUCGAGAUUUCGUACUCUGAUUGGUCCAAGUUGGUUCCCCUCAGCGAGUUGGGAUGGCCUGCUGAUGUUCCUGACGAGGAGUCCCCACUUCGGUCUCAGCUCGCGAGCUUCAUUGUUGGCGGCGCCGCGCCAUGCAAAGAUGAGCUGGCCUCGGUAAGGAAGCAGGUCCUUGAGUCGGUUGAGAAGUUGACGCAUCGCGCCGCUGCCUUCGGUGGAAUCCUCAGUGGCAUGGCCAUGGACCUCUUGAACAGCAGCACCAACAACUUGGACGUGGCGGGGCUCCUCCAGCCGAUCAAUGGCUACUCGGAAGUGUGGGUCCAAGCCGUAGACGUGGACGCCUUCGUUCGGUUGUUCAACUCGUUCUACGAGGCGGGUGCCAUCCUUCACUACUUACACGAGGCUGUUUUCACGACGGUCGAGCCCCUCAGCCCCUCGGAAGUGUGCGACAAGGACAUGUCAAUCAAGCAGUUCUACGAGACAGUAUUCGACCUGCUGUCGGCAUCAGCGGCCUCUGCGAGGUCUGCGAUCCAGCUCAUGAGCGUGAGCGAGGUCAACGGGAUUUGGUUCCAGGACUGGCCGACCAUGGAGCGCUGGCUGGACUCGGUAGAUACGGUUGCCGCGAGGUGCAAGUCAGCCCUGUUCAGGGCCGUGGUGCAGAACUUGUCGAAGGCUGCUGCCAGGGACGAGCGGCUCGCGCCGAACUUCAGGAGCAUCGUGAACGAGAAGACCUACGCAUCGUCCAUGGCGAAGAAGACACUCACGAAGCCUGCGCUGCCGAAGGCCAUCAAGCCAGCGACGGUCGCUCUCGGCAAGGCGCUCGACGACGCGAGGUCGUUGCAUGAGGACUGGCGGCUGACUCCGGAGAUCGAGGACGACGAAGCGGUGAGCUCGGACUGGGAGCAAGCGGUUGCGAUUCACAACGCGUUGAAGGAGAGCAUGGUGGUGAUCAUCGCAGUCCAGGUUGUGGAGGACAAGGGCGCAGACAGCCAGUUCGCUGACGCGAAGGCGCUGCUCGACGACGAGAAGAUGAAGAGCUUCCUCCCCGCGGCGCUGGUCAAGCAGCUUGAGCCUCUGGCCUCGAAGGCGAAGAAGCCGACUGAGGUCAAGACCAGCGCCGCUGGCACCAGCAAGGCGGCCUCGAGCCGCGGGUGA